AUGAAUCAGGAGAACAAACGUUCUUGGAAAUGUAUAGAAUGCCGCAGUAAGCAGCCAAAGACUGAUAAUACCAAUACGCCGGUACGCGCAAGCACGAUAUCACAAAAACCCCAGGAAGACUUAGUUGAGUCGGAUAACUCCGAAAAUUCUCAUAAUAUUACGCAUCGUGUAAAAAUAGUCAAACCAACAGAUACGGAUAAUAUACUAAACAUGUCUCCUUCUGAGAUCUCAGACUUAAGCCCUGCUAAGGAAAUGCGGUUAUUUUGGUGUGAAUUACGUGCAGUCCGUAAUGAAAUGGUACAAUUUAAUAGCACAUUGUCUGAAUUAACGGCAGUUAUGAAUAAGUAUAACGAACGUAUUGAUUAUUUAGAGGCUAAAUUAGAGUCAUUGGAAGUAAAACAAAUUGACAAAGAAUCUAACAGAAUUGAACACCUGGAAACUACAAUAACUCAAUUGAAACUAGACCUUCAAGACCGUGAGCAGGAGAUGUUAUCCAAUGAUGUGGAGAUAGCGGGUAUACCAGAGGUGAGAAAUGAAAACCUAAUGCACGUCACGUUUACUGUCGCUAAGAAACUAACUGUGGAGAUUGAGGACCGUGACAUAAUGACUGAAAGCAAGUACUGGUCUCUUAAACCAUUUAAUAGUAAAUUAGCAAUUACUUCUAAUGAAAGAAUUAGUUAA